UGUAACUUUGUUAUGAAGUCUGUGUGUCAGUCUGUGAUGCAGCUUCAGUUUUCACUUGAUAUACAUUCCACAUAUACAUGUCAGCAUCCAGUGAGGUGGUUUGCUAUUGAUAUACUUGACUUUCAAAUUGGUUUAUAAGUUAACUGGAAAGUUGCGAUUUUGUAAUGAGAGAAGCCGCACACGCCACUGAAUUUUCCCCAACUCCUUCUAUGUGCUAAGAAAAGAAAAUGCUUUGCCUUCUCAUUUGUGUGGUUGUUUAUUGUGCUUUUUAAUUGAGCGAUAAAAAAUUGUAUGAUCAACUGUUGGUGUUGUAGAAAUUUGCAGAUGGAUAAAGUCAAAACCAAAAUGCAAAAGGCUCUGCUGCUCCACUUAGGUGUAAAGGUUAAUUGGUAAGACAAGUUUUUGGGAAGCCAGGGCUGGGCUGCUAAAUGGGAUCUGAACCUUGCCUGUGGCAUGAAAUGUCACAUUAAAAGACAUUUAACAUGAUUACAGUAGAAACUAUCACACUAAAAAACAGGAAUCUCUUUGGGGAUGUCUGGGGUGUCUGUGUGCUAUAUUUAUGUGUUUCACACAGAGUGGAAAAGAUAACAGACAAGUGCUAUCAGGAAGGUUCCAUGUACCGGAUAGACAGAUGGGCUGCAUGGCCCCAUGUCCUAAAGGAAACUUGAAAAAUAAUAGUGGAAAAAUCAUCCCUAGACUAUCAGCGCUUAAAGGUAAAACUUUCACAAAAUGUUACUGACUUCACUUCAAAUGAGACAGCAGUUACACAUGUGUAGACAUCCUGCAGGUACACCUAAGGAGGAUGAUUUAUUUAAAAUGUAUCAAAAAUCAGCAGAGUUUCAUAACUCCUUCAACUCCUUCUGCACAAGUAGUGUGGCAGCAUGUGUCUAUGUGCCAUAUUUAAUGCAAACCAUGCAUACUCUUGUGCACUUACAAGACUUCUGCACUCCUCCACUUACCUGUCCAGUUAAACAUCACUAAACCUGAAAGGGUAGGUGUAGUUAACUGUCAGUCAUGGUAGUAGAUGCAUAUCUUUCACUAUGUCUAUUUAGGCUCAAUCUUUAGGUGUUCUCCAUGUUUUCUUACAUGCUUUGAGCACACUGUUCGCAGAAGGCCUGUACAGCAGCAUUCUGCAGAGGUUUGAAGCUGCCUUAAGCAAAUUCUGUCUUGGGUGGUAGUGGAUUUGAACAGUUGUUAAAUUUGCAUGAUUUUUCUACACACCUGUCUGUCUAGUGUGUGGUAUCUUCAUUGGAUUUGAAUGUAUAUCUGCUGUCUAUAUGUUUCCUUUGUUCUUAGGGAUCUACUACUCACUGUUACAACUGUGAGGCACACUAGUAUUACCUGUACAGCUUUGCCCUUGCGCAUCAAAUAAUGUUCACACCUAAAAACAUGACAGUUAGCCUCAGAGGACCUCUUGAGGAUCAUAAUGUACAGCAAGUUGUAAAAUAAGCAGCUUUAAAAUGCAAUUUUUCGCAUCAUAAGAGUUAUUUUUGAUGUAUCAGCCUGUUGUUUAUCGGGACCUUCAGCUUUACAGCUGCAGGUAAUUUUUCAUUUCAUUAUAUACUGUCAGAAGAAAGGAAUGUUUGUAGUGCUAACAUCUAGUAAAUCUUCAUCUAUCAGAGUAGUUUAGACUUGUUCCAGCCAAUCUUAUGUCAGUGAAGCCCUGAGGCUUCCUUUUUUAUCAAAGUUUUUUUUCUUCCAAUGGUGGAUUUUUACAGUCAUAUUCCCACCUUUCUACCAACUAUUAUUUUCCUGUAUAAUUGCACAGAGUUUGUAGGUAAACAAAAUUUUGGUGUAAACUGAGCAUACCCCUCAGUUUUUGACUUUGGAGGCACAUGUGUGUGUGGGUGUGUGUGUGUGUGUGUGUGUUUUGAGUGGGAGGAGGCAAGGUGCUUAAAUAAGCGGCACCCACAGAUCACUUCGUAACUUGAGAGGUGGGCUAUAAAUACCCCUAACCUUUCCUGUGUACGCCUGUUUGUGUGUUGGCUCAGAGCUUGAUGCAAACUGGUCUGGCUGUUCGAGGACAAUACAGCUUUGGGCACAGGGUCGGUCGGCUGGUACGCUAACUGUCUUAGCUUCAGAGGUUUAUCCGGUCCAGACAUGCAGAGGACAAAUCGUUUGUAUCUGAAAACGUCUGUAGCUCACCUCUCCUCAGUUCAGUUGUAAAAAAAUGCCACAGCUAAUAACAUGUUUGUUGCGUUCAAGUGAAUGCCGGAUUUCCAGACUUCAGCAGGUCUCUCAGAUUUCUGCAGCACCAGCAGCAGCAGCCCCCCUUUCCAGCCUAUCCGCAGUCAAAUCCCUAUCCCCACUGCACAUGUCAUGCCAUCCACGGCCGGAGCCCCGGCCUCCAAGCCCCAGUCUUGUCUCCAGGAGGACUCCCUGUCCUCUGAGGGCCACAGGUCCUCCUCUGGUUCAAGAACACCAAGCGGCUCCACCUCCAAGUCUUCCUCUCUCUCCAAAUCAGCUUCUUCGCCCAACUUGGAUGCUCAGGCAGGUGUUGGAGGUGAUCUCGUGGGGCCAAAGCCGGACUGCCUGAGUCGCUACCGGAGCCUUGUCAAUGGACUGGACCACUCACUCUUCCCUACAGAUCUCACACGGGUGGAUGAGGGCCAGAGGUUUGACACUCCUGCUGUGGAGCCUACGCUAAAUCAGUCAGCCUUGCUGGGGGGGUUGUGCCCCGAUGUCAGACUCCGAUUACAGGCGACCGGGAUUAGAGACUCCUCAGACUGCAUGUCUGAUGCCUACAGAGGAGGCAUGGAGCACAGCUAUAAGGUUCUGCCUGAAGCUAGGCCUGGGGUUUCUGGCACAGCAGAGACCUGUAAUCAGAGGGGAACUCAGCCCAGUGCGGCUGGUUCCCCCGGACUUUAUGCAAACCCUCUGAGCCUGCAGACACAGGCUCUGCUGAGGGAGCACUCAGCCUCUAAGGGUUAUGAGCCAUUGCGGCAGGACAGAUGUAGUGAACUCUCCAGCUGGCAGCAACAACAGCAGCAUAAGCAGCAACUGGAGAGUUUACGCCUGCAAGUGGAACAAAUGCAGCUAAUGAGUGCUGGAGUGGGUCAGUACCCGUCUCUAUACUCAACAUCUGUUCACUCUGAGUCAGGGAAAUGGGACGCUCUUGUAAAAGCCAGUGAGAGUCUGCUGAAGGAGAAGGAGCUGAUCAUUGACAGACAAAAGCAGCAUAUGGCCCAGCUGGAGCAGCGUCUGAGAGAAAGUGAGCUGCAGGUCCAUGGAGCUCUCUUAGGUCGCGGGGCUUCCUACGGGGAUAUGUGCAUGUUGAGGCUACAGGAGGCUCAGAGGGAGAAUGCGUUUCUGAGGGCACAGUUUACCGAGCGCACUGAUUGUGCCGCCCUAGAAAAAGCAGAGGCAGAGCGCAGACUGGGGGCCGUCGAGGCUGAAACACGGCGGCUAACUGACAGCCUGAAGGAGACGUGCGAGAAACACGCAGAGGAAAUGAAGAAACAGGAAGAGAGGAUUCGCAGCCGAGACAAGCACAUCAACAACCUGAAGAAGAAGUGUCAGAAGGAGUCAGAACUGAAGAGGGAAAACCAGCAGAGGAUUGAGACUCUGGAGCGAUACCUAGCCGACCUGCCCACCCUCGAGGACUAUCAGAGCCAGAACAAGCAGCUUCUAGAAGCAGAGCAGAAGGUGACUCAGCUACAGGAGAAAGUACGAGAAGCUGAAGGCUGCCUGGAGACAAUGCGCUCCCAGCUGAGGGAAAAAGACACACAUCUUGAAGAUCAGAAACGCAGGGAGAGAGACCUGCUGACCACCAUCACUGACAUGCAGCAAAGGGUUCAGCAGGGCCUGGAGGAUGGUGCCAGACUGCCAUCCCUGGACAUCGAGAAACUCAGAGGAGAGAACAACGCUUUAAGAGAGGAGCAGCAGAGACUUAAAAAGGUCAUUGAGAAGCAGCACCGAAUGAUGGAACAGCUUGGCUCACAGAUUCAGGCAUUAGAGGAGCAGAUAUCUCAGGAAGAGAGCAGCUCUCAGGCUCUCAGAGAGGAGGUGCUGGCCAAAGAGCAGAAUGUGUUGGAGCUCCACACAGCCAUGAAAGAGCUGUCAGCCCAGAACCAGGAGCUGAUGGAGCAGAAUCUGACCCUGCAGGAGCAAAUGAGCGACCCCGAGCAAAGGAGCACCAACCAGGCCUCCUCCACCAUGCAGCCUGCCGGGGCUCGUCUUACACAGAGGUUGCAUGUAGAGAUCGCUUCUUGCCUUAGCGACCUGCGUUCCCUGUGCAGCAUCCUGACACAGAGAGCGCAGGGACAAGACCCCAACCUGUCCCUGCUGCUCGGCCUCACAUCGCCUCCACCUAUGGCAGAGCAGCCAGAAGACUGGAUGAGCCCUGAGGUCCUGCAGAAGAAGCUUGUUGAAGCUCAGCAGCUGCGUCGUGAUGUUGAGGAACUACGAAAUGUGAUAUUGGACCGUUAUGCGCAGGAUAUGGGAGAAAACUGCAUCACCCAAUAACCUCUGCACCCAGAUGAUGGAAUAAACUUUACAAAAGCCCAGUUUCACCUCUGGAGACUCUAAAAUGGGCUCGUCUUUCAGUUACUGAAUGUCAGAACAAGGACUGGAUUUUAAUCUUUUAAAAAUGAGGACAGAGGAAAGCCCAAAUGGUUUAGCUUCUCCUUCUCUAGACUGACAGUACGUCUAUCUUCGAGCCGCCUGCCUGUAGCUCAGAACCCCCCCAUCCCCUGGUGAGUUCAUCUAUUUCAGUCCAAGGGCUAACAGGAAAUAACUUACCUCUAAUACUUGAUCCUUAAGCAUUGUGUGCGUGUGUCUUUUUGAAUAAUGAUGACAUGAUAGCAUCAGUAACCAAACAGUCUUAUCCUUUUUGUUCCACUCUAGUGGAUAGCUUUUUGUUUAGAAGUCCCACAUAUAUAAUUUAUUUAAGUGUUAAUUUUCCUCAGCAGGGGAAUUAUUCAAGAAGUGGUUGACAAUCAACUGAAAGUAUUUAACUCUGUGCUUUGAACUGCAUUAAUGAGGAAAUGUUACUAACAUGCCAUUAUUUAAAAUGGUCAGCUCUGUAACAUUUGACUAAAAAGCUGUACAAAUUGAAGGGUUUAAUACCAAAAAUCAGCUUCUGACACCGACAGGCCUCCAACAGUUUUGAUACCAAAGAAAAACUCUGGUCGAGUCUGUGAAUGUUUGUGAAUGCUCCUCUCUGCUGCAGGCCUCGUUCUGAAUGAACACCAACAUGUGCCUUUCUGUCACGUUUGCAACCACGAUGCUAAUUCAUUUUCAGACCAACCACAAAGGGCUUUUUGCAGCAAGCUCUUCUAACAUGACCUUUCUCUCAGCGUAGUAGGAUAGUCGAUACAUUCCCUGACUCUGAAUGUAGCAGAUCUCUUUGGAGCUAGUGGAGGCCCGACACUGUUUUUGUUCCUGUUAGAUGAGUGAGGUUGGUUGAAACUCUUCAUUCUGUGUAACUUCACAGUAUAAUGUAUAUUUCAGGCUGAACUGCAUUAGACAGAGAGGUUAAAUGUUAUAUCGGUAUGACUGAGCAACAGUAUUAAUCUUCAGUAUUAUUUAUUUUGUUUGCAUUGACAACUCAGUGGGUUGUGUUGCUGUAACAAUGUGCUAAUUAAUUAAUGCGUUUGAGCAAACUUAGCGUCCACAGUGUGUAAAGGUCCCAUGAAGUGUUUCAAGAUUGUAGUUUUCUCCUGUGGUUUGUCCUGUUUUUAUGAAAUUAGGAUGUUUGGUCUGGUUUUAAUGUUGGGCAGCGCUAAAAGACUGGAAGUGAUAACUUUUCAGAGAACAAGAAUUAUGCCAAUGAUGAUCAGAAGGGUUGGCUGGUUCAGCCCUCAAUCACAUUGUCAUCAGGCGAGUUUUAUAUUUGCCCGUGUGUAGGAGAAGCCAUUAAAAAACUUGACACUUUACAGGAAGUGAAAGGGAUUUUGAUACAAAAAUAUGCAACAACAUCCAGGGACACACAAGCCAUUUUUCAUUUCAUGGGACCUUUUUAAAACAUACGUAGCACAAAAUGUAUUUUAGGAAAAAGUCAGGCUCCGCAUGCCUUAACAUCUCAAAUGUUUUUUGCAAAAGGGAAAAGAUGUUUAUA